UUCAUUAGGGCGCUAGUUAUACAGCUUGUUUGCAGCGGCAAGCUCUGAAAAAAAUACGAGGUUUUUUACUGUUUAACGCGGACUAAACUAAGCGCUGAACAUGUCCGAGGGGACCCGCUUGGAGAAUGCAAACCCUGUGAUUUUUCAGCGGUCGGGGGACAGAGUACAGACGGCGUCCGAAGAGGAUGAAGACGUCCACGACCCCAUCGACGACAGAGAAAUAUUCGAUCUGAUCAGAUCUAUCAAUGACCCAGAGCAUCCACUGUCACUGGAAGAGCUCAAUGUUGUGGAGCAACUUCGAGUUAAGGUUAAUGAUGCAGAGAGUACUGUGGGUGUUGAGUUCACACCCACCAUCCCUCACUGCAGCAUGGCAACACUCAUUGGUCUGUCAAUCAAAGUCAAGCUUCUGCGCUCCCUGCCAGACAGGUUCAAAAUUGAUGUUUGUAUCACUCCUGGGACUCAUGCUUCAGAGGAAGCAGUGAACAAACAGCUGGCAGACAAAGAGAGAGUGGCAGCAGCUCUGGAGAAUGCAUCUCUACUGGAGGUGGUCAACCAGUGUCUGUCGACCAGGAGCAUCUGAACAGCCAGCCAGCUUUACCCUUGUCAGCUUUUAGACUCAGAUUUUUGCAGGAGGACAUGUUUGGUUUCUUUGAAAACUUGCUGUGUAUCUACCAACUAUCCACACACUUCUACUCCUGGUAUGAGUAGCGGGAAUGAUCAGGAUCAUACAGGUUCUGUACAUUGGCAACAUUUACUGAAUAAGAGUGCAGAGAAAGCCAGUUCUUAAAUUCCCAAAGAAUAAUAUAAUCUGAGUGUAAGCUCAUAACACAGAGUUGUUUGGACAAAGAAAUUAUUCUUCCACCUGGAAAUUUUAACAGUGUGAAAAUACAGAGAAACUAUACCUGAUACAUUUGUCAUAUACACUCACCAGCCACUUUGUCAGGUAUACCUGUUCAACUGCUCAUUCAUUUAAUUAUUAAUCAGCCACUCAUGUGUGAAGAACCAAAUGCAUUUCAACAUAUAUACACGAGAAAGGUCAUCUGCUGAAGUUUCAAUGUAAUUUAAGUGAUGUUGAAUGUGGCAAAGGUGUUGGUGCUAGACUUGGCUGGCCUGAGCAUGUUAUAAAAUGCUUAUCUAGUGGGGUUUCCCCACUCUCCAUCCACUUGUGGGGUUUACAGAGAAUGGUCUAAAUUAAAAAGAAAAUAUCCAGUAAGAGGCAGGUUUCUGGGUGAAAAUACCUUGUUGAAGAAAAUGGCCAGACUUGAAGGCCACAAUGGCUCAAAUGACUACUCCUUAUAAAACCAAGCUAUGCGGAAAAGCAUCUCAAAAUGCAAAGUAAGUCAAACAUUGAAGGAGAUUGGCUAAAGCAGCAGAAGACCACUCUGGGUACUAUUUCUGUCAGCUAAGAACGGGAAAAUGAGGCUACAGUUCACAUGAAUUCACCAAAAUUGGCUGGUGUGAUGAGUCUCAAUUUCUGCUGACAUUCAGAUGGCAGGGUCAGGAUUUGGAAUAAAUAACAAGAAACCAUGGAUACAUCCUGGUUUGUAUCAACAGUUUAGGCUGGUAGUGGUGGUGUAAUGUUUUGCGGGAUAUCUUCUUGGCACACUUUGAGCCCCUUGUAACAACUGAGCAUCAUUUAAACACCACAACCUACCUGAGUGUUGUUGCUGACCAUGUCCAUCUCUUUAUGGCCACAGUUUACCCAUCUUCUCAUGGCUGCUUCCAGCAUCAUUCCACAAAACUGAAGUCUACUCACUGGUUUCUUGAACAUGCCAAUAACUUCACUGUACUCCAAUGGCCUCCACAGUCACCAGAUCUCAAUCCAAUAGAGCAGCGGUUCCCAACCCACGGACCGGUACCGGUCUGUGAGUCGUUUGGUACCGGGCGGCGAGAGUUGAGGCUUGGGUUCCAACGUGAUAACAGUAAGGUGUACCUAACAAAGUGUCUACUGUGUGUACGUUAGUAGCUUUUUUAUACUCGCAUUGUGACUCAUAAUUCCUCUGCAAUAACUGUUGCAUAUAAUCUUAAUGUUUUUGAAAUGUUA